AUGUCUCUACUGCCGGGACUCAAGAUCGAGAGUUUGACACCCCGCCAAUCUGAAAUCGAUAAGCUAUUCAAAGGGCAUCUCUCAGGCGUCUCAACUAUACAACCUGAAGGCUGGUUCCUCCCAACAUCACUGAAGAAAUUUGCGAAAGAACUCAAAGAGUUUGAGUUUGAAGAGAAUGACGUCAUCGUGAUGACGAUGCCAAAAGCAGGCACCACUUGGACUCAAGAGGCCGUCUGGACCAUGAGGAAGAACCCUGAUCUCGACAAUCAAGCCAGUAUAGCUCCUCUCCACGUACGAUCUCCCAUUCUCGAAGCUGACAUUCUCGCAGAGGGUCUUGACCAUAAAGGCCGCUUUGCUUCUCUGUCGAAUCAGCAAAGCAACGAGCCCAGCACAUUCUUUCAAAUCGCCAGGGCAUCCGAAAGACCAAGAAUUUUCAAGACUCAUCUUUCCUUCUGCUUCCUCUCAGACACGGCACUCUCCAAGGCAAAGGCGGAGUUCAUGAAGCUCAGCAAGUUUCUGGGUGUCGACCUGAACGAGGAACAAAUUGACAAGGUGGGCAGAGAUAUUCCUAACCAUGAAUACCAUUCAAGUUAA